AUGAGCUUGUUCCCAACUCUGCUGCGCUGCCCCCUUGUUGUGCGUGGGAUGAAGAGGAAAGGCACAUGGGGAGGGGGAGAAAAGGCUCAUGGGGAGGGAUUGGAGAGGUACAUGGGGAGGGAUUGGAGAGGUACAUGGGGAGGGAUUGGAGAGGCACAUGGGGAGGGAUUGGAGAGGUACAUGGGGAGGGAUUGGAGAGGUACAUGGGGAGGGAUUGGAGAGGUACAUGGGGAGGGAUUGGAGAGGGCGGAGGGAGGGGAGAAGCAGGGAGGAGGGAGGGGGGAAGCAGGGGGAAGGGAGGGGGGAAGCAGGGAGGAGGGAGGGGGGAAGCUGGGAGGAGGGAGGGGGGAAGCAGGUGAGGCAAACCACAAUAGAUUGGGCGGUAAACCCGCUCUCACCUCUGGCUCUCACCCUCUGCCCUUCCCCCUCCCUCCCCCUCCAUCCUUCCCAUUCUGUCUCUCCCUCUCGUCCCUUCGCCCUCUGUCUAUCCACCUGUGUCCUUCCCCCUCUGUCUCUCCCCCUCUGCCCUCCCCCCUGUUCCUCCCCCUCUGUCUCUCCCCCUUUGUCCUUCCCCCUCUCCCCCUUGUCCUUAUCCUUCUGACCUUCCCAUCUCCCCAGCCCGUUCCCUUCCUGUCCACCGCCCAUCAAUCAAGCUUUCAAUGUGACACCAUCCCCCCCUCAGCUGGUCAUCCCCCUCUGUCCCUCCUGCUCUGCCCAUCACAUCAGUAG